GGUGAGGCGAGGCGAGGCGAGCGGCUGGCAAUGGCAAGGGCUCCAAACUUCCCCCAUUGUUGCCCUGACCUUAUCCACUAACUUUUCUGAUUCCCCCGUUCGCUGUCUCUCUCUCUCUGCUUACUCUCCCCCGUCCUCUGAAACGAAGCAUCAAAUCAAAUGGGAUGGGAUAAAUGGAUUCAAGUACCUAGGGCUUGAGCGUGAUCAGGAAGCAGCAGAGAGGGUGGAAGAGAAGAGACCAAGCGACGAUUGGGCGAGCGGCGCCGCCAGGGCUUCGUUGGCCCCUUCGACGGUGACGAGCAUCCACCAGAUACAAGAUUGAGCAACAUUGUCUAAGCGCCUCGUCCAGUCCAGACAUCUAAGGCAAAAACAAUGCUGCACCUGCACCACCACAGUCCACUUGUCUCUCGGCAUGGUGCGGUUUGUCCACCCACUAGGCUUGCUUGUUCUUGCAUAUGUAACAAGGCCAACAGCAGAAUCACCGCCGCGCAAUCAACAAACAACAAUGCAAACUUGCUCCUUCUGCGGGGGUGGUCUUCUACAAGGCGGCGAAUCACCACUGUUGCCAGUGGCCAGUCAGUACCAGGAUACACACCUGAUGAUGGCGAUCAAUGCCUUGAAACAGGCAACAAGAUCUCUUUUACGACUGUAAAGGACGCUGUCAUAUGAAUAAACAGCAGCCUGAAUUCUGUGGGUGUCAGAAGUGAGCUAAUUCUUCUAGCUCUACCAGCAGUUUUGGGUCAAGCUAUUGAUCCAAUGGCGCAACUUAUGGAGACUGCAUACAUUGGUAGAUUAGGUGCAUUGGAAUUGGCAUCGGCUGGUAUUGGUAUAUCAAUUUUUAAUAUUGUGUCAAAGAUCUUCAACAUUCCACUGUUGAGCAUUGCAACCUCAUUUGUGGCAGAGGAUAUUUCUAGGAGUGCUACUAAGCAUCCUAGUUCAGGCAAAUUGGAGCUGACAUCUGUAUCAUCUGCCCUGAUCUUAGCUGCUGGAAUUGGUAUAAUGGAAGCAUUAGCAUUGUUCCUAGGAUCAGGAUUAUUUCUUAAACUAAUGGGCGUGUCACCUGUCUCUCCAAUGCAUAGACCUGCAAAACUUUUUCUUUCAUUGAGAGCUCUCGGAGCACCUGCAAAUGUGCUUAUGUUGGCAGUCCAAGGUAUCUUUCGGGGAUUCAAGGAUACAAAGACUCCGGUGUUUUAUAUAGGUUUGGGCAAUCUUUCCGCUGUAGCCCUUCUUCCUCUACUUAUAUAUGGCUUUCAGCUUGGCAUAACUGGUGCUGCAAUUUCUACAGUUGUGUCCCAGUACAUUAUUACAGUUCUUCUUCUUCGGUCUCUAAGUAAAAAAGCUGUUUUGCUUCCUCCGGGAAUAGAUCAGUUAGAGUUUGGUGGAUAUCUAAAAUCUGGUGGCAUGCUGUUGGGAAGAACUCUUUCAAUUCUGUUAACUAUGACCAUUGGUACAUCAAUGGCUGCUCGGCAAGGCCCAACAGCAAUGGCCGCUCAUCAGAUUUGUUUGCAAGUAUGGCUUGCGGUAUCUUUGCUUGCAGAUUCUUUAGCUGUGUCUGCCCAGGCGCUGAUAGCAAGCUCUUAUGCAAUAUUGGACUACAAAAGGGUUCAAAAGAUAACAAUGUUUGCGUUGCAGAUAGGAGUAUUUAGUGGAUUAGCUUUGGCCAUUGGAUUGUAUGCCUCAUUUGGCAAUAUAGCUAGACUAUUUACCAGUGACCCAGAGGUCCUAAUGGUUGUCAAAUCUUGUGCAUUGUUUGUCUGUGCCAGUCAACCAAUUAAUGCACUGGCCUUCAUCUUUGACGGUCUACUUUAUGGUGUAUCAGAUUUUGACUAUGUUGCUCAAGCUACUAUUGCGGUUGGUGUUACAUCUUCACUCGUCCUGUUAUGGGCUCCGUCUAUAUUUGGCCUGGCUGGAGUUUGGGCUGGUUUGACUACACUCAUGGGGUUGCGUAUGGCUGCAGGCAUUCUGAGGUUGCUAUGGAAAUCUGGGCCUUGGUCAUUUUUGCAUGAGGAGCCAUAAGCUGAGGUUUAUCAAUUAUCAGCCUGUGCAGUUUGGAGUUGUUAACUUAUUGCUGGGGAUUUACAUCACUGCAAAUAUUAUCCAAGUGUCAUGGACUCAGUGAAGCUGUUACCUCGGUACUCCUCUGGCUCAGAAGAAAAUCUGACUUGAUUGCAAUUCUUGUCGAGAGAAUAAAAUCAGUCUGCUAGAUGGCAUGGCUUAGUGAACCAUUGGCACGACCUUUUGCUAACUCUUUUUUUCUGCUAGCAGCUGUGUAGCUUCUCUAGAUGAAAAGAUAAAAGGGUCGUGUAUAGCGUUGACGCAUGUAACUCAAGGUGUUUGAUACUGACGUGUUUGCGCCGUUCCAUAAUUCUUGAUUUUGUUGCCCGGAUGGACGAACGAUGGACAGUUUGGACACUCUGAUCAGAUACAGUGAUUGAGGUGCCUCUGAAUGGUACUCAGUGUAAAAUUAUUUUAGAACCUUUUUUUGUUGAUAAGGUACAUGCAUGUUCCAUA